AUGUCUGCAAUUGAACAAAAACAAGCAACAGAAUCACCUAAAGAAACUACACCUGAAGAUGUUACUUCUACUACUUUCGUUGAAGACUUAGAUCCAGAAACCACUAUUUUCAUUGGAAAUGUUUCUCCAGAAUGUACUGAAGAAGAUUUAAAAGAAAUUUUUAAAGAAGAAUUUGGUGAUGACGUUGAGGUUGAUAUCCCAGCAAGAAAAUAUGAAACCUCCAACACUGAUGACGCUACUCCCUCAACUUACCAUAAGAGGCCAAGAUAUGCUUUUGUUAAAUUUCCAUCCCAGAUUGAUUUUGAUGACAUAAUUUCUAAGUAUGAUAAAAAGGUUGUCAAAGACAUGGGUAUUUUUAUUAGAAAAGCCUUAACGAAAGAAGAAAGAUAUAAGUUUAAACAACAAAACUCACAUUUUCGCUUUAACAAUAGGGGAAAUUAUCACUACAAUAAUAACCAUCAUUAUAAUAAUGGCUAUGAAAGAAGAGGUGGCUACAAUAAUAGCAGAGGUGGCUACAAUAAUAAUAGAGGUGGCUAUAAUAAUAGUAGAGGAGGUUACAAUAACAGAGGAGAAUACAAUAACAGAGGAGACUACAAUAACAGAGGAGACUACAAUAACCAUAGGGGUGGCAGAUUUCAAUACAAUAAUAAUCAUCACAGAAAUGUUGUUCCAGCCCCUCCAAAAAAGGAAAAGGCACCAUUGGAUCAAAUGGAAAGAAGUAAGGACACUUUGUUUAUUAAUAAUAUUCCAUACUCUACCACUAAGGAUGAAGUUGCUAAGUUCUUUGGCACAACAUUUGAUUUAGUUGUUUUGCCAUUGAGAAGAAUGAGAAAUACCACCACUGGCAAAUUCUUUUAUUCAUCUAGAAUGAACCGAGGUAUUGCAUUUGUAACUUUUGCUGAUUGCCAAGAUAUUUCAGAAAAGUGUAAAGAAUUUAAUAAUAAGACAUUUGGAGGUAGAGAUAUUGUUGUUGAUGUUGCUGUUAUCAGAUCUUAUGAUGAAGAACAAGAGGGUGGGGAAAACGCCGAGAAAGAGGAAAAGAAUGUUGACGAAGACAAAGAGAAGAAUGUUGAGGAAGGAAAAAAGGAUGUCGAGAAGGGGGAAGAAAAUACUGAGGAAUGA